UGAACAAUCUAAGCAAAGCCCCCAGUAGGGUUAAGAAUAAAACCAUUGGAGGGUUUGGGAGGUUUAACCGGCGCUGGCGGUGGGCUUCAAUUCUCAUAUUCCUUGCCGGAAAGGUCAGAUUCUGUCUUUGGGGUCUCAUAAAAGAGCUUCAUCGUAAGCCUAGAACACUUAUGUUUAAUCCGGUUCGACUUGAGGAGAUUGUUGAGGAGGUCAAAAGAAUGGGGAUCGAUACUUCGAGGAAGAAGUUUCUCGAUGUGGUUUUCGCUAUGAAAUCAAUGACCAAAUCCACAUUAGAUAAGAAGAUUGAUGUUUAUAAGAGAUGGGGUUGGUCUGACCAAGAGAUUCACGAAGCUUUCCGAAGGUAUCCGUUGUGUAUGACGGUUUCGGAAGAUAAGAUCAUGGCUAUAAUGGAUUUUCUGGUGAACAAAAUGGGCUACAGUUCGACUCUCGUUGCCAAACAAUCGAGUGUUUUAUCACGGAGUUUAGAGAAGAGGAUUGUCCCGAGGGCUUUGUUUGCUCGAGAAUUGUCAUCAAAAGGUUUGGUUAAUGACUUUAAAUUGUCUGUAUUGUUUGACACAUCGGAGAAGACGUUCAUCAGGAUGUUUGGUGACUGUUUCGUAAAGAAAGCACCCGAGCUCUUAAAGCUAUACAAAGAAAAUGUUGAGAAGUGAGUUAAUGUAGACUGCAGCGUUAACCUUUUUAUUGCCGUGCCGCCUGGAUUUUGGUUCAUUCUUUUGAUCUGAAGCUUGUUGUAGUUGUUGUAGUUGUAUUAUUUUCUUCCAUUAAUGAAACCUUAAGCUCAACAUGUUUGCUGUUUAAUUAAGUCUUGUUGGUUUGAAGUGCAUCUAAAUAGGUCUCGGAUUAGCGUCUUUGAUAUGCAGCAUAACCCGAAGUUUAUCUCGGUUUGGUAAUACAGUCAGCCUUACGAGAUGGCAUUUGGUAAGUUCGGGGCUCGAAUUUUAGCGUUUGUAGUCGCGUAAUGAGUUUCGUUUUACAGCUUUGUUAAUCUUCAUUUCUCUAAAUGCAAGUGUGAAACGAGUUUCAUUUGCAA